GGAGCCGGCAGGAAAAGGAGGAUUGACAGUACUUGCUCCUGUUGACAACUCAGAGACUCAGUCUGGCACUUCUGAACCAGGAAAUUCAGCAUGUGCUGGAAGGAUAAUGCUGAAUGACUCUGAUCCUUUGCUGCCCUCCUCUGGUUCUCCUUUUCAUUCAGCUCUACAGGGAGAAACCAUUCCAGCCUCUAAUGCUGUGUCAGUGUUUCAGGGUGGGGACAGUGGUGUCUGUACUAUGGAACAAGCUGUAAGUUCACAGCCAGUGCCAUUAGAAUCUGAAUCUAAUACUGACAAUAUGGAAAAUAGUUCUCCUGCAUCAGUUGUGGAUGAGAAAGGUGAGCAAAGCAAUGAGGAGGGACAAAAAACUAUCAAGCCUACAAGUAAAGAGUUCAGGAAAACCUGGGGGUUUCGAAGGACUACAAUUGCUAAGCGAGAAGGUGCAGGAGAUGUUGAUGUGGACUCUAGUGAACAACAGCCACAGCAGCAGCAACAAGGCUUAAAUCUCAGGCGUAGUGGACGGCAACCAAAACGAACGGGAAGAGUGGAAGAAUUUCUUACAACAGUAAGACGCAGAGGAAGGAGGAGUGUUCCUACUACUCUGGAAGAUUCAAGCGAAGCAACAUCCUGUCCAGCUACAGAUGCUGAAACUGCUUCAGAAGAUAGUGUUGAGAGCACACCUGAUAUAAAACGUGUAACUCGGGGGAUGACUACUAGGAGUAGUAAGGAUCAGAAAGUCUCUAAAAGCAGACGCACAAAGGAGGAUGAAGAAGAAGAAGAGGAGGAGGAGGAUGAGGAGGAAGAUGAUACUUCUGAUAGUGAUAGUGAUGGGUUAACUCUAAAGGAACUGCAGAAUCGACUAAGAAAGAAACGCGUUGAACAGAAACCUGUGCAGCUGACAUUGAAGGAUAUACAGAACCGCCUGAGGAAAGGAAAUUCAGAACCAGAUCCUACAGAAACAGGUGAUGUCCACUCUGAGAAACAAGUUGAGUCCGAGUUGCCUGUCAAACAAGAGCCUGAGACUGUAGACAGCACUGACAUUGCAAGUCAAGUGGUUGUGUCUGAGGAAAACACUGGAGAUCUUCAGGUUCAGAAGGAGGUAAAGCCUGCUCUUGGCACAAAAGGGAUCACAGAUGAAGAACCCGAAGAACUGCCCAAAAGCAAACCUGAGUCUGAGAUUUAUGACCCUAAUGCACUGUAUUGUAUUUGUCGUCAGCCUCAUAACAACAGGUUUAUGAUUUGUUGUGAUAGAUGUGAGGAAUGGUUUCAUGGUGACUGCGUGGGUAUUUCUGAGGCUCGAGGGCGACUGUUGGAGCGGAAUGGUGAGGACUAUAUCUGUCCAAACUGCACCAUUCUGCAGGGACAGGAUGAGCCUGUUUCAGAAAUAGACCAGCAGGAAGCGAAAGCGGGGCAAGUAAAUGUGGAUGGCACAGAAUUCACAAGCAUAGGAACAGUUGAACAAAAAUCUGUUGAGGACCAAGGAAUCAAGGGUAGGAUUGAAAAAGCUGCAAAUCCAAGCGGGAAGAGAAAACUAAAGAUAUUUCAGCCUGUGAUUGAAGCUCCCGGUGCAUCGAAGUGCAUUGGUCCUGGCUGUUUUAAUUUGGCCCAGCCUGAUUCCGUGUAUUGCAGCAAUGAUUGCAUUCUCAAACAUGCUGCAGCCACAAUGAAGUUUUUAAGUGCUGGCAAAGAUGCAAAACCAAAACCUAAAGAGAAGAUCAAACCAAAAUCUGAAAAACCUGGCAUGCCAAAAUCUCAGCUGCAGGCAGGUAUGAAGCCUCUUUCAAAUCAAAAGAGACAAUUUCCUGAGAAAAGAGAGAUGAAUAUGAAGAAGACAGUUUUGACAACUGCCAAGACUGAGGCAAACCCUCAACCUAUUGUUAAAGAGCCAGCAGCAGAAAUCACGACACCAUCGUGGGCAAGCGAUCAUAAUUACAAUGCUGUAAAGCCUGAAAGGACUGCUGCCAUUUCAUCUUCACUGUUGUUCAAAUCUCAAAGGGAAGAGAAGAGGCACGAAGACAGAGGAGAGCAUACGGUGACAUCAAAGAAAGCUCUUGUAUCUAUAAUGGAGAAGCAGACAUCUUCUGUCUCUAAAAAUCUUCCUUCAAAGAAGUCCCCGUCCUUCUCUAAUACGUCACUAACUAAACAACAGCCUAAACCUGCUGGAAGUUUCAAAGGUGUAAUUCCCAAGAAACCUUGGCCUUCAUCGGGCAGUGUUCCUUCAAAACAUUCAUCUCUUUCUCCUGGCUCAUCAGUUCCCAAAAAACCAGCUCCUUCCUCCAGUUUGGGUGGAGGACUCAAAAAGCCUUCACUGUCUUCCAUUUCUACUGCACCUGGAAGCAGUCAAGCAAAAGCAUCAACUAGCCCUAUGCAGUCACAACCCAACUCUCAGAUUCGACAAAAUAUUCGACGGUCCCUAAAAGAAAUUUUAUGGAAGAGAGUCAAUGAUAGCGAUGAUCUGGUCAUGACAGAGAGUGAAGUAGGGAAAAUAGCGCUCAAUAUUGAAAAGGAGAUGUUUAACUUGUUCCACGUUACGGACAACAGAUACAAGAGUAAAUACCGUAGCAUCAUGUUCAAUCUCAAGGACCCCAAAAACCAGGGGCUUUUUCAUCGUGUCCUUCGUGAGGAAAUCUCACUGUCAAAACUAGUGAGAAUGAAACCAGAAGAACUUAUAUCUAAAGAACUGUCUGUGUGGAAAGAGAAACCAGCUAAAGCAAUGAUAGAGUCAAGAAGCAAAUCUUAUGAAGUCAAGAAAACAGCUGUAAAAUGGGAACAUAUGUCAGUUGUGAAUAUGGAAGAUUCUCCGCCAGUGUCUGAUUCUGAUGAGCAGCAAGAGUCAGCCCGAUCUGCACCAAAUUUAAACAGCGCUCCUCCUUUAGAUGUUUUUAGCAGUAUGUUGAAGGAUACAACAAGUCAACAUCGAGCCCAUCUUUUUGACCUGAACUGCAAAAUCUGUACAGGUCAAAUUUCGGCAUCCGAAGAUGAAGUACUACCUAAAAAGAUGAAGUCAGCGGCCCCUGCUAAAAAGGUGGAGUCGAAAUCAAAACCAGAAGUUCAGCCAAAGUAUGAAAGUUCUGCACCAGCCCCAACAGCAGAGCCUGCCAAAGAGCCCGUCUCUGAAAACGCAAUGGAGGUUGAAGCUGGACCCGUAGCAGAAACAGUUUCUCAGUCGAGCGUAGAAAGAAGUUACAUUCCUACAACCCAGGGCCAUAACAAUACAGAUCCUUCUGUACCUGAAGAGGCUUCUGCUUAUCCUGUCUCUUGCGCUGGCGGAGUUGUCACAACCGUGACGGUUUCUGGUCGAGACCCUAGGACAGCAAUGAGCAGCUCCUCUGGCAUUGCAGCGCCAGCCCUGCGCUCUGCUCCUGCAUCCGACAAAGUUUCAACAGGAGAAACAAAACAGGAAACUUCAAAACCAGUUAUGACUGUCCCCAAAUCAAUACUAACAAAGCCAUCAUCCUCACUAGAUACAAGAUACUUGCCAGUUCAUCAUUCACCCAAUAUCAAUGUUCCAGACACACGCUCACCUCAAGACACCGAUACUUCCCUCUUUCUCUCUCGUCUCAACACCAUUUGGAAAGGUUUUAUUAACAUGCAAAGUGUGGCCAAAUUUGUCACUAAAGCCUAUCCUGUCUCCGGGUGCUUUGAUUAUCUCAGUGAGGAUUUACCAGAUACAAUUCAUAUUGGUGGGAGGAUCUCGCCGAAGACAGUCUGGGAUUAUGUUGGCAAACUCAAAUCUUCACUUUCUAAGGAAUUGUGUUUGAUUCGUUUCCAUCCUGCAACAGAAGAAGAAGAAGUUGCCUAUAUCUCUCUCUACUCCUAUUUUAGCAGUCGUGGUCGUUUUGGUGUUGUAGCUAAUAACAACAGACAUGUCAAGGAUCUCUACCUGAUCCCCCUGAGUUCUAAGGACCCAAUUCCUUCCAAACUCUUGCCUUUUGAGGGACCAGGUCUUGAGUCAUCUCGGCCAAAUUUAAUUCUUGGAUUGGUUAUCUGUCAGAAAGGGAAACGUCUUGCCACUGGCAUUGAAACAGAAAAGAUAGAGGAAAAGCGAAGCAGAAUUCAAGCACAUGAGGAAACCGAAACAUCACUGUUCUCUAAAGGGCCGCUAGCUGCCUCGCAAGAGAAGAAAACUCUGAAAUACACACUUUAUUCAGGAGAUUCAACCGUAAGUACAACACCACCUGGAUCUCCUCCUCCUCCUCCUCCACCUCCGCUUCCCAUUCCAGACACCUCAGCAGUUACACCUUCAGUAUUAAAAAUACUGUCCUCGAUUAAAAGUGGAACCACAACUACUGCAACACCACCAAUUUCAACCGCUGCUUCUGCAAGUGUUACAGCUACGUAUUCUUCAUCCUCAAAAACUGCCACACCUCUCGAGCACAUCCUGCAGACACUUUUUGGAAAGAAGAAAACUUUUGAGCCUCUUGCUAAGGACUCUGAAGCUGUCCCGUCUUCAAAUCAGGAAAGUCAAACUGCUGCUGAUGGAGGAAUGUCAGCUGUUCCUCUGUUAGACCCCAUUGUGCAACAGUUUGGACAGAUGUCCAAAGACAAAGCUGUAGAAGAGGAAGAGGAUGACAGACCCUAUGAUCCUGAAGAAGAAUAUGGCCCAGAGAAAGCUUCUGAAAUGCAGACUGGUGAAAGUGAAAAACGAUAUAAUGUGGAAAAGCCAUCUAAUACGACAGAACUGGAGGAUGAAGCCUAUGAUCCUGAAGAUGAAACUAUCUUGGAAGAAGCAAAAGUUACUGUUGAUGAUUUACCUAACAAAAUGUAUACAGACACUAAAAGCAGUUCUUCAGAAACGUCCGCUUCAUAUAUGCCUGACUUAUCUGCAACUUCAUCCUUGGUAGAACAGCAAAAAAUGUUAGAAGAAUUAAACAAACAAAUAGAAGAACAGAAAAGACAACUAGAGGAACAAGAAGAAGCCCUCAGACAACAAAGAGCAGCUGUUGGUGUUUCAAUGGCUCAUUUUUCAGUGUCUGAUGCUUUAAUGUCACCACCACCAAAAUCUUCCCUAAUGAGGACUGAAUUAUUCCAUCAGGACCAGCAAGCUACACAAAACGUAGAUUUACCUUCAUCUUUAAACCAGCAAGCACAAGUUUUAAACCAGGGCUGUGACCCAAGGCAGAACAGAGAUCCUCGACAAGCUAGAAGAAUGGCAACAGAGACUAAUGACAAUGCUGAUUCUCGAAUAAAGCCGCAGGUGGUACAGAAUGAGGUACCCACAAGAGAAAUUGCUCCACCAAGUUUUCCAAAUGCUUUGCAGGCUUCACUUGGUAAGGAAGAUAAAACUUCAGCUUCUGCUACUCAGCCUGGUUUUAGUGGUGAUAAUUGGGCUUCAGGUGACAUGACUUCUCUGGUGUCCCAGAAAGAGGGAAAAUUUGAAAACACUGUUCAAGUUAAUUUGGAAAAUACGAGUCAAACAGGUUCUGGAGAACCUUCUACAUCCAAACCUUUACGUAAAGUGCUGCUUCCAACACCUCCAAGUACAUCUUUUCAGCCUAAUUUCUCCACAUCAAAUGAUAGUCAGUCUUUGCAAGACAUGCAUCAAGUAUCCUGGUCAAAUGAGUCUCAGGAAGUGAUGGGAGGGGAUUCUUUUUCAAAUCCCAUGUUUACUUCUCAGGAAAACGCAGCUGGUCACUUUGAACCAGAGAGGGGUCUUUCAUCAAUGCAAUAUGACGAACAAAGAAAUCCUCAGUCUCAUCAAUUUGUAGAACAAACUGAAUCUCCAUCAGUUCAGAGUGAGGCCGGACCUUCCCCACAGCACUUGGAGGCUGGACCUCCAUUUUCUUUGUCUGGGCAGAAAGGAGCGCCUCUAACACAAAUGAUGCUCAAUGCACCUGGAGGACCUCAUGGACCUAAUUUUAGAGGACCGGCACCACAGUUCUCUGAAGAGCAUGGUUCUCCAAAUAAUGAUGGGCAAAGAGGACCUCCAUCUGGAAGAUUUGGAGGUCCAAAGGGUCCCAUUCCUUCCUUGUUUCCUGGACCACCCUCUUUUUUUGGUGAUAAUAGGGGCCCUGCCCCUUCUUAUCAUGGUGUUCCAAGAGGAAUGUCACCAUCUCGAUUUGAAGAUCAUAUGGAACCUCACAUGGAACAAAGGGAAUUCUCAAAUUCCCAGUAUGAUGAAAUGAUGGGGCCUCCAGGACAGUUUGAAGGACCAGAUCCACCUCAGUUUAUGGGAAACAGAGGACCUUCACCUUUUCCUUUUGGAGGUCAAAGACGACCCCCACCAGCUCAGUUUAAAGGACAGAGAGGAGGCCCUCAGUUUGGAGGACCAAGAGGUCCAGCCCCGAGUCAUUUUGGGGGACCAAGAGGGCCUCACUCAAAUCAAUUUGAAGGGCAGAGAGGUCCAGCUCCAAAUCAUGUACCUGGUCCAAGAGGACUUUUGCCACAGCCAUUUGAAGAACGGAGAGGGAGUCCACCACACAGAUUUGCCAACCAGAGAGGUCCAGCACCUCCUCAGUUUGGAGGACCAAGAGGAGCCACACCUGCCAUGUUUCCAGAAGAAGAUGAACCUCCCCCUUCUAGAUUUCAUUUCCAAGGUCAGUCACAACAAGGCAUGAAGCCGUCCCCAAGACCACUGCUGGACUUUCCAAGCCAUCCACCACCCCACAGAAAAGAGAUGUGGGAGGAAGCUGGACCAUCUGCAUCUCUUCCCAAUACUUCUGGACAAGGAUCAGAAUUGGAAGGACAGUGGUCAGCACCUGAGUUCCGAGAAGGCAAAAAUCCUGAAUUUAGAGGCCAAACAUUUGAAGGAAGACAGAGAGAAAGACACGAGGGAGGAAAUAAAGACAAGAGUUUAGAACAGCCAGAGCCUCAGCAAGCAGAUAAUCGACAAGGUAGACCCUUUGAGGAAAGACGAAGGGAUCGAGAACACGGCAGACCUUGGGAAAGAGACCGUGGCAGAAACUGGAAUAGAGACAGGGACUGGGAGAGACACAGAGACAAGGAAUGGGAUAAAAACAGAGACAAAAACCAAAAAGAUAGAGAGAAGGAUUCAGACCGGGCUAAAGAAUGGGAAAGAAACAGAGACCGAGAGAGGGCAAGAGCCAGAGAGAGAGAAUCCUACCGAAGACGUGACAGGGAGCGAUCACGAAGCAGAGACAGAGAUCGCGACAGAGAGAAAGACAGAGACCGGGACCGAAGCAGGGAAAAAGAAAGAGGAAAAGAUCGCAAAGAUCGGAGUAAGAGUAGGGAAAUUGUUAAAGAGAUGAAGCCUGAAACACCGAAGGAAGCUCAGAAACCAACGGAAAUGGAAGCUUCAUCUUCCACUAAUCAGUCAUAG